AUACAAAAAAAAAAAUUAAAAAAAUACGGAGGCCUCUCCAUUCAAAUUUUCUUUCUGCCCGUUUCGAAAUCUGAUUGUGUUGCGUGCUGGUGGAGCUAUAUAUACUAAUGAAUCAACAGCAUUUUUGGAAUUCUGUGGAUUCCACCCUUCGAGAGCUGCUGGUGCUGGCAGAAGAUAUGGACAUUCACCGGAGCAAGAUGGAGGAGGCGGCACGCGACAAGCCGAGGGCUACGCUCGCGCCGGCGCUGGCCGCUUCGGAGAUCGAGGAGUUCUUCGUGGCCAUGGAGGGCAAGCUCCUGCAAUAUUACAAGGACAAGUAUAAUUAUGAUUUUGUCGAGGACGAGCCAAUGGGAGGACGGUACGAGUGGCAUCAGAUUGAAGCCUUGAAGACUGAGUGAUGAGUGCUGUUCUAAUUGAGUUUAUUCUUGGCUGUUUGGGGAAUAAUUUGACUGGUCAUCUUGGGAAUUAUCUCUCUCAUGUUCGGCUAGGGUUUACUCUGUUGUUUCCCUUUUGUCAUGUACAGUCUUCGUCAUGUGUUUAGGAUUCAUCAUUAUUAUGGUGAAGAAUGAUAAUAAACAUGAAUUGGUAG